GUGCUAUCGAUAUCAGCACAGAUCACAGGACGGAAGCUCGAAUUUUCGACAGUCAUUGCACAUCGAGUGCCAUGAAGGAAAGAGACGAGGAGGAUCGCUAUAUGCCACUGAUGACGAUACUACCACCCAAGAAAGUGUCACUUACCAUGGUCAUCCUGGUGCUCAGCCUCUGUGACAACCCUUACCCGAUGGUCCUUGUAAAUUUCAACGUGUCUGCAGCCUUUGUCUUUCUUUGUCUUGGCAAAACAUGAGUUCUUAUCCCGGGAAGACAACAGCCUAUUGUUCUUCUAGAUAUAUAUAUAUCAUGUUUCGAAGACAUCUCUAGAUCUGUCCCCCUUCUUUUCCACUAUCAGCCAUGUCCGCCACUUACUCGUCUUCGUUGAAGAGGCUGCUACUCCUCUUCGUCCUGACUUCAGGCUUCAAACGCAACGAAUCUCAAGCAUCCGCUGCCCCCGUCGGGGAUAUCCCCGUUUCUCUUGCAGGUACUACUACUACUGUCUACCAUGCCGAUGAUGGUCGGUGCUACGAAGAGUCUAUCUCAGGCUCCGAAGUGACUUGUCCCGUACGUUUGCGACCUCUGCCAGUGUCUGAACAAAUUCCCGUCACUCCUGUCGUGAUAUUUGGCCUGAUGUUCUCUAUCUGUCUCGCGAUGAACUACUUCAUCAAAACAAACCAACAACAAAACGACCAGAAGGACACGACUUCUACUGAACUGCCACCACCUGAAUAUUGUGCAUCGUUACCAGAGGCUCAAAACGCUGACGAACGACGAGAGCCGUCGUAAUCAGUCCUUUCGCUGCCUGUGGAACCCAGGACCGACUCCGACGAGUACUUCUUUGCAACAGUUCCCUGAAAGUAACUUUGAUGCGAUUGGGUGCCUUCCUCUCUUCUAUAGUGAUUUGUGAAAUAUGCGAAUUCCAAGUGUUGUUCUUUCUUUGGGCCAUAAGCUGUGAGGGUGGAUGUCUGUAGGAAAAGCUGGAACUCAAGGUGAUGACUUUUAACGCGACUCAAAGAGGAUUUCUGCAGACCCUGUGACUAUAACAUCUUGACGAUAUGAGAAUUCAAGACCAGAACUGAAGCCACAAGCACUGCUAUGACACGUCC